GGUAAUAUCAACCUUUAAAACAGAGGUUUGUGGCUUUUCCAUACAAUAUGCUCUGCCUAGUCCAGUAAUUCAGUGGAAUGGAUAUAGAAAGAUUGGGAGUGGACUUUGAUCUGGCUGAAGUUGGCUGUCAGGGAAAAUUUAUACCAGUCCCGAAAAGAAAUUGUGAUGGAGAUCAGCCCAAAAAGACACUGCCUGCUGGCUUACCACCAAUCAUACCUUCCUGGGAUGAAGAGUUAGAAGAGUACCUAACUUGUGUGGAGAAAGUACCAGUUCAUGACAUAACCAGGGCACAAAAGUUUUGGUCAAGAGAGCCAUGUCCUGAGAAUCUGUAUCAUGCUGAAGUGUCUGAGGUACAGACCACCAUAUACGUGGACAGAAAUCCCACCACUGGGGAAUUACUGGGCUACAAGGAGGAAUACUUGGAAAGCACCUCAGAGGGAAGGACCUCAUUAUCUCUGAGGAGGCCCCCUGGCCCUGCCAGUCAAGAUGUCAGAGGAAGCAGUGCCAACUUCCCAUUUUUGCCUGGUGGAAUGGAAGAAAUUGAUACCAUCUUAUCCAAAGACAAAGAGAGUUUUCUUGAUCUUGAAAAAGAAUUAUUAUCAGUAGCACCUGGUUUAAAGGACGGAAUGACCUUUGAUGACCUUGACCCUAAACCUCAAAAGAAGGAAUCAACUUUUAUAAAUCUGGCAGACAUUAUGUCUGCAGGAGAUCUUGAUGAAUUUGACCUUGGUGACGAGGAGGAUGAAGCAGAAAUCAAAGUAGAGGAUGAAGGUCAAGGUCAAAUUCAAGCCGAUCUAAAACUUGAGAAGAGUGACAGUUUGGAAAAUCUUGUGAAGAUUGAUCAAGAAAAUGAAAGUGAGAAAGCCUACAGACCCAGCUAUGAGAAGAAAGAGGAAUGGGCCAUCAAAGUAGACACUGACCAUCCUGUGGAGGAUUUCUACCAAAGAAUACCUGACAUGGCUUACAAGUGGCCCUUUGAGUUGGAUGUGUUCCAGAAGCAGGCUAUUUUACGCCUGGAGAACCAUGAGAGUGUAUUUGUUGCCGCCCACACAUCUGCGGGUAAAACAGUGGUGGCUGAGUAUGCCAUAGCGCUCUCACUGAAACACAUGACCAAAACUGUGUACACAUCCCCCAUCAAAGCUUUGUCCAAUCAAAAAUACAGAGAAUUCAAGCUGACGUUUGAGGAGGUGGGGCUAAUUACAGGAGAUGUUCAGAUUAACCAGACGGCUUCCUGUCUCAUCAUGACUACAGAGAUUCUCAGAUCUAUGCUCUACAAUGGAUCAGAUGUAAUAAGAGAUCUAGAAUGGGUGAUCUUUGAUGAAGUCCAUUACAUAAAUGAUGCAGAGAGAGGAGUAGUUUGGGAAGAAGUGCUGAUUAUGUUACCACAACAUGUCAACAUUAUACUUCUGAGUGCAACUGUACCUAAUACUCUGGAGUUCGCUGAUUGGAUUGGAAGAACAAAGAAGAAGAAGAUCUAUGUAAUUAGCACCUUGAAAAGACCUGUACCUCUUGAACAUUAUCUUUACACGGGAACAAGUGGAAAGACCAGCAAUGAACUCUUUAAGAUUGUGGAUGAGAAGAAAGUUUUCUUAACAAAUGGAUAUCACAAAGCUCUAGAUGCCAAAAAAGAAAAAAGUAAAUCUUCUCAAGGAUUUGGACCCAAAGGAACUAGGGGAGGAAAACCACACCAAGAUAAAAACAUAUGGAUCUCUGUGAUAGACAUGCUCAGCAAGAAAGACAAACUGCCAGCCGUGGCUUUCACCUUCUCCAAGAAAAAGAUUGAUGAAAACACACAGAAUCUACAGAACAAAGACCUGACAACAGCUAAGGAGAAAAGUGAGAUCCACCUCUUUUUCCACAGUGCCAUCAAGAGGUUAAAACCUCCAGACCAGAAGCUGCCUCAGGUAAUAGAAAUGGAGACUUUAUUGAAGAAUGGGAUUGGAAAACAUCAUAGUGGAAUCCUUCCAAUUCUCAAAGAAGUUGUGGAAAUGCUUUUUCAGAGAGCUUUAGUGAAAGUUCUCUUUGCAACUGAAACAUUUGCCAUGGGUGUGAACAUGCCAGCCAGAACAGUGGUGUUUGACAGCAUCAGGAAGCAUGAUGGGACAAAUUUCCGUGACCUUCUACCUGGGGAGUACAUCCAGAUGGCUGGGAGGGCAGGGAGGAGGGGUUUAGAUACCACAGGGACCGUCAUUAUUCUCUGUAAAGGGGAUGUGCCUGAGAUGUCUGAUCUUCAUAAAAUGAUGCUGGGAAAACCAACUAAGUUGGAAUCCCAGUUCCGCUUGACUUACUCUAUGAUACUCAACUUACUGAGAGUGGAACAGUUGCGAGUGGAGGACAUGAUCAAGCGAAGCUUCUCAGAAUUUCAUCAACAGAAAGACAUUAGCAAACACAAGGUCACAAUAGACCAACUUCACACCCAAAUAUCUCAGAUCCGCCCCAUCGAGUGCUACCUGUGUUCUGUAGAUCUUGAAAAAUAUUAUGAGACUUGUAGGGAUUAUCUGUGCCUUAAGAAGAAGUUGCAGGAAGUUGUUUUAUCUCACCCAGCAGCAAUAAAAGCUUUAACAGCAGGGAGAAUUGUAGUCAUUAGCAACAGUUUCCAUAACAACCAGUUAGGAAUAGUUCUCAACUCUACAGUGGCAGCUAAUAAUGAAAGAGUGUUCACAUGCUUAAUUUUAUGUGAUAAAAAUAAACUUGUGAAAUCAAAAACUGAAGAAAAGGCCGAGAAUGAGGAAGUAUCCCCUGUAAUGGAUACUGACCUGUAUCUGCCAGAGGCACCAGUGGGACAUGAAAUGAUUCAGGUCAAGGCCAAAGACAUCAGUAAAGUGACUGUCAAAAGUAUCCGAGUGGAGGCCAGUAAGAUCAUUGAUGACAUCAAGAAAAGGCAGAUGCCAAGAUUUAGAGAUGAUCCACCAGGAAAAUCAGUCACAGCAGCCUCACAAGAAUUGCUACGCAUGAUUGAAUCCAAUAUUCAUGGUCUUCCUGGGCUGGACCCAAUCAAGGACCUUCAUCUUCGAGACAUUGACCUUGUGGAACAGUUCCGAGCUUUGAAUUUCAUAGAGGACAGCUUUAAAAAUUACCAGUGUAUAAACUGCCCCCAUUUUACUGAACAUUUUGAAGAACAUGGAAGAAAUAUCCAACUGAAGGAUGAGUACAAAAGACUAAAAUUUCUCUUGUCUGAUGAGAGCCUGGCACUCUUGCCAGAGUACCAACAGAGAGUCCAGGUUUUAAAACACUUAAACUACAUUGAUGAAAACAGUGCUGUGCAACUGAAAGGCAGAGUUGCUUGCGAGAUAAGCAACCAUGAGAUUAUGAUUACAGAGCUUGUGUUUGAAAACAUCUUGACUGAUUUACAUCCGACAGAAAUUGCAGCUCUUCUCUCUUGUGUGGUGUUCGAACAGAAGAACUGUAGUGAGCCAAAACUGUGUCCUGAACUUGUCAAGGGGAAAGAAUCCAUAAUAUCAAUAGCCCAGAAAAUUAGUGGCCUCCAGAGGCAAUGUGGAAUGAAUCUAGUGGGAGAUUAUGAGGACGAGUUCAAGUUUGGAUUAAUGGAGGUGGUGUUUGAAUGGGCACGAGGACUGCCAUUUGCUGAGAUCACUGGAUUGACUGAUGUACAGGAGGGAAUUAUUGUCCGAUGUAUUCAAAGACUUCAUGAAACACUGAGAGAUGUAAGGAAUGCAGCUCGUAUAAUCGGUGAUCCUGUGUUAUAUCGCAAAAUGGAGGAAGCUUCUAAUAUGAUCAAGAGAGACAUUGUAUUUGCAGCUUCACUUUACACACAAUAAAACUUU